GCCAUGGCCACAGCAACAGACCAGGUGGUUGGAUUCGGCUUGGUUGCCUUCAGCCUCGUUCUCUUUGUUUACUACACCCUGUGGAUCAUCAUACUGCCCUUCAUCGACAGCGACCAUGGGAUCCACCGCUACUUCUUGCCUAGGGAGUAUGCAGUUAUCAUCCCUGUGGUGGCUGGGCUGCUGCUGCUGCUAUUUAUAGGUGUUUUUAUAAUGGUCGUGAUGUGGAAGAGCAGGAAACCUGCCAAGAAAUCGGACUGAAGGCCCAGCUGAGAGAGAUGAGAAGGCGCCCACCCUGCGGUGUCAUAGCCAGGAAAAGACUUUGCCUGCAGCACUGAGCAGCACCUCCUCCCGAGCGCUCAGCGCCAAGCUGGCUGCGCUCUCCCACAUUCCUUCCUGUGGAGACAAAGCCUUCUGUGGUUUACAACUUACUGACCAAAGAGAAGCAGAACUGACCUCCGGGGCUCAUCGAGAGAGGGACCAGAGCCCUGGGACCUGCUCCCCAGCUGGGGCUGCCUGUACCAGCUGUGCUUCAGCCCGUGCUGGCUGGAGGGGCUGUUGGGUAGAGCAGCUGUAACAGCCAGAGUGCGAGUUGAGCCCUGAUCCCUGCCCACUGCUCGGCCUCUGGGUAAUCCUUCAACCUUUACUCUUGCUGUGUCCAGUACUUAGUUCCUUCUGGUUUUUUUUUUUAAUGUUUACAUAUGGUUUGUGGGGUUUUGUUUGUUUUUUUAAUCAGAUUCAAGAUUGAGAGGAAAGAAAUGAGACUGAGUUUGGAAGAGGGCAGGCUUGCAUUCUCCAUCUGCCUGCUGGAAGGACUAAUCGUGGUGCUGGUGGGCUCUUACCUUUCUGAAGAGGGAGCCCCGUGAGGCCGGGCACACAGAGGGUGCAGGGACAGUGCCACUGCUGCCCUCUGCGUCCCCUUCUGUGGUCAUCCAGCUGAGGGGGCAGCGAGGAGAUGCCCUGGGUCACAAGGAAGCGUACGGCUCUGCCACUGACGGGUGCAGCUCCCACCACAGCUCCCAGCUGCUGGCGGGGGUCCUGUCCCUGGACAAGGCUCGUGUGCCAGCCGGGCUGGGGCUGAGAGGGCAGGCGUGGUGG